AUGGUGCGGCAGCAGGAGGCGGCCGCCGCUGCAGCGGCAGCCGGAGGCGGCGCAGACGACGACGGCUCGGCGCCGUACGACCCCGCGGCGGACGACGGCGGCGGCCUGAGCGACGGCGACGACGACGCCGGAGGGGACGGGGACGGCGAGGGCGCGGGCGUGGCCGACCUGUCGCCCAUCGUCGCGCCGCGCCCGGCGGGCGCGGCGGGCGCGGCGGGGCGGCCGCCGGGCGCGGCGGUGUGGGCGGGCAAGUUUGUGACGGCGGGGGCGGGGCGGUUCUCUGCGGUGGUGUCGUUCCUGGGGGGCUGCGGGCCGCUGGACCUGAUGAUGGGCCCCCAGGGCUCCUCCCUGGACGUCAUCGGCCGCGUGGCAGCCGACAAGUUCACCUCCUUCCUGGAGGAGCUGCGCGCCAGCCGCUCGCGCACGGUCACACUGGGCGUCGCGGCGCCGCCGCCGGACGCGGACCCCCUCGAUGCGGCACACCUGCACGACACGGUCCGGCGGUACAGCUCGAGCGGCCGCAUCGGGCGGCUGCAAAUGCCGGGGGGCUCCGCGGUUGAGGGCUACCUCAUACCCCGCGGCGAGUGCCCUGGCCGGUAG